AUGCUCAAACUGAAGAAAAUGAUUCACCUGAUUGUCUUCAAUCUGACUCUGUUGCAUCUAUUUGGUGUGUCUGGUGCUGUAACAGUGAAGCCAGUGAUGGUUGGAGAAUCAGUCACUCUAGAAAUACAGGGGUAUGGGGAAAUCGAGUGGAAGUUUGGACAUCAUGGCACUCUUAUAGCUCACAUCAACAGCUAUAAAAUCACAUUGCAUGAUGAUGUUCUUGAUGGGAGUUUCAGAGGCAGACUGACGCUGGAUAAGACUGGAUCUCUGACCAUCAACAACACCAGAAUAACAGACUCUGGAGAUUAUGAAGUAAUCAACACCAGCACAGGCAUGCUACUCAACAUAUUUAAGCUGACUGUCCAUGCUCCUCUUCCGAUUCCUGUUAUUUCCACUUUCCUAACUCCAUGCUCAAAUACAUCAUCAGUGUCCAGCUGUGUGCUGAUGUGUUCAGUGGUCAAUGUGAGGUUUGUGAGUCUCUCCUGGUACAAAGGAAACAGUGUAUUGUACAACUUCAGUGUGUCUGAUGUCGGCAGUAUCUCCCUAAAGCUAGAGGUGGAAUAUCAGGAUAACAGCAGCUACAGCUGUGUGGUCAACAACCCCAUCAGCAAUCUGUCCACACAUCUGGACAUCAACACACACUGUCAGACAUGCAAAGAAGGUCCUCCAGGAUCUCUGGUAGUGUUGAUCUCUGCUGCUGCUGCUGGAUCUCUGUUGAUUAUUUCUGCAGUCGGGAUCUUCUGCUGGAAAUGCAGAAAAACAGAUCAAAAAGGCAAGUGUCACCUACUGCUUUAA